UGCUUCAGUCUCCAUGGCAACACUGACUGCCUUGUACACAGAAAGCCAGUCUAAUCAGACUGAGCCAGUGUAGGGUGUAAUCUCUGUUCGGUAUAUUCACUAGGGCUAUCCUCUGCAUCCUUCUAUGGCCCAGAAGAAGAAAUUUAAUUUUUUAUGGACAUUAGCUCUAUAUUUGGUAGCCUGCAGACUGCCCAAGGCAUUUGGAAAACCUAGAGUGCCAAGUAUCUUCGAUCCGAAAUUUAAAAAUGAGUUCCUUGACAUCCACAAUGAACUGAGAAGCAAGGUCCAGCCCCCCGCAUCCGAUAUGAAUCAAAUGACUUGGGACAAGGCACUGGCAAAACUGGCCAAAGAAUGGACUAAAGAGUGCAAAUUUUCCCAUAAUCCCUGUACAUCAAAACGAUAUGAAUGUCUUCAGGACUAUGACUUUAUUGGAGAAAAUAUAUAUUUGGGUGCAAUAGACGCCAAACCAGAAGAUGUUGUUACUGCUUGGUACAAUGAAAGUAAAGAUUAUAAUUUUGAGUUUAAUACCUGUUCCAAAACAUGUGGCCAUUAUACACAGGUAGUUUGGGCCAAAACGUUUAAAAUUGGUUGUGCAGUUUCAAACUGUCCUCAUCUCACAGGAAAUUCAGCUGGGCUAUUUCUAUGUAAUUACGUACCAGCAGGAAAUUUCCUAGGCGUCAAACCUUACACGAAAGGAGACCCCUGCUCCAUGUGCGGAGACAAAGCAUGUGAGAAUAAUCUCUGCAGUUCCAAGAAUUCGAGAACAUCUAAGCAUAAAUUGUCAUGCCAUCUACUUGUGCUUGGUUUUAUUCUUCAGAGACUACUUUAACUGCUACUUCUAUUCAGAAGAAAAAUUUUAAAUGCUAAAAUAAAGGACUAUUUUUCUUACUA